AUGAGUUGUUUUCCUUGUUUUAAUUCUCAAAGGAGUAAGAAAAGCAACAGCAAGAGAGAACAUGGGGCUGCGCCGCCGCAGGAAAACAACACCCUUAUAACGAAAACACCAGAUAUAAAGAAACCAAAACCAGAAGAAACAAACCAAGUUGACACAUCAAAUAUUCAAGCACAAAAUUUCACAUUCCGCGAGUUGGCGAUUGCGACAAAGAAUUUUAGACAAGAGUGUUUGAUGGGGGAAGGUGGUUUUGGCAGAGUUUACAAAGGAACAAUUCCUGCAACAGGACAGGUGGUAGCAGUGAAACAGCUUGAUAGAAAUGGGAUUCAAGGAAGUAAAGAAUUUUUGGUUGAGGUCUUGAUGUUGAGUCUCUUAAACCAUGACAAUUUGGUUAAGCUUAUUGGUUACUGCGCCGAUGGUGAUCAACGUCUUUUGGUGUAUGAGUUCAUGUCAGGAGGCUCUCUAGAAAGUUGUCUUCUUGAGAGAAAACCCGAAGAACCUCAAUUAGAUUGGUAUAGCAGAAUGAAAAUAGCAUCUAAUACUGCGAAAGGACUAUGGUACUUGCACGACAAGGCAAAUCCCUCGGUUAUUUAUAGGGACUUGAAAUCUUCCAACAUUUUGCUUGAUAAUGACCAUAAUGCGAAACUAUCUGAUUAUGGACUAGCGAAACUUGCUGGUAAAGAUAAGAUGAACAUUGUUCCUACAAGAGUAAUGGGCACUUAUGGUUAUAGUGCGCCCGAGUAUGUAAGAACGGGUAAUCUCACCUUGAAAUCAGAUGUUUAUAGUUUUGGAGUUGUCUUGCUAGAACUCAUAACUGGAAGACGAGCCGUUGACACCACAAAACCGCACGAUGAGCAAAAUCUAGUUUCAUGGGCACAACCAAUUUUUAGAGAUCCAAAAAAGUAUGGAGAUUUGGCAGAUCCGAAGCUGAAAUAUCACCCGGACAAGGAUCUGAAUCAGGUUGUUGCAAUUGCAGCCAUGUGCUUACAGGAGGAAGCCGCUGCGCGUCCUUUGAUGAGUGAUGUUGUAACUGCUUUGAGUUUUCUUUCGACUUCUCCUCCUCCUGAAGGUAUUCCUGAACCUCUUCCACCUCCCGAUUCCACCUCCCAAAAGAGUGCUGCGACUGCCAGUGAAAGCGAGAGUGAGAGCGAAGGCAAUAAGAAUAAACGGCCUAUUACAGCAGAUAGUGCGAAAUAUGAAGAAUGUGAAGAAGGAUCAGACAAUGAAUGUGAAUAUUAUGAGAAUGAAACAAAGGAGUUUUACUCUCAAUCAAGCCGCAAGAGCAGCACAAAAUCAAAGAACUCAAAUUCCGGUUCAGAAAAUGGUCGCAAAAGUGGUAGGAGAAAGAAAGGCGCGGAUGGAAGUUUAACUCAGAAAAGCAGCAAAAAGUCUGCUGCAGGAGAUUUAAGCCAGAAGAGCAGUAAGAAAUCUCGCGGCCAAAAGAACGGUAAAAAAUCUUCAAAAGCUAAAAGUCACUCGUCAGAUAGCAGCAGCGGAGAAGAGUCACAAGAUGAAAGUGUUCUUCUCAAGCAUGGUGAGAGUAGGCAAUCACAUAAUGGAAAUGGAUAUUCUUUUGGGCUAACAAGCAGCGAUAGCGGGGAAGAAUCACGCGGAGAUGUUCAUCAUUUUGAUCGUGUCAGCAUGGGGGCAUCUGAGGAGGGAAGUUCUCACCAUUUGCAACAUUCCAGCAGCGGAGGAUCAGACGACGAAAGUGUUAACUCACCACGAUAG